CACUUAAGCAGUCAGCAGUGAAAACCCGACUGCGUGUGCGUGCUCUGUGCGUGGUUGCCCACAGUGGUGUGCUGCAGUCCGCUCCCUGCCGUAGUUGAGUAAAGUACAUGGACAUUAGCGGGCGCAGCGGCACAACCACCGAGCUGGAGUGGAUUAAAACUGCGUGCGUGCGUGGAGAGCCACUCGACGACCGACUGCGAAACCCCCGGAGUGUAAUCCCAAGUCCGUUAUACCAGUUUGCAAAUGCGAAACAGCAAAGCAGAGGCUGUCGGUAAACUCAGUUAGUGGCGUGCAUUGUGUGUGCGUGUAUGUGUGUGUGAGAGUGUGUGUCAAUCAGGGAGAGAAAGCUCGGCGGGAAUGGCUUCAUCUCCGUGCGGCAACAGUAACUUUGAUUCCGGUCUGGAAAUCAAAACUCGCUCGGUGGAGCAGACGCUUAUUCCUUUAGUUUCGCAGAUCACCACUCUGAUCAACCACAAAGACAAGCCAAAGAAGUCAGAGCGCACCCUGGCAGCUAUACACAGGGUGGGCCAGGCGGUGAGUGUAGCAGUGGGGCGUUUUGUAGCAGUCGGGGAGGCCAUCGCCGCAGAGAACCAGGAGCUGAAGGAUGAGAUGGGUCAAGCCUGCUUCGAAGCUCGCAGAGCAGGUGAUGCCAUAGCCCAGCUGACAGAUGUUGGCUCGGCCUUGCCGUCCCAGUUGGAUGGACGUGUCACAGUGUUCAGUGAUAGGACAGCGAUGGUGAAGGCUGCUCGAUUGCUCCUCUCUUCUGUCACCAAAGUCCUGGUGCUGGCCGACCGCAUCGUCAUCAAACAGAUAAUCACAUCACGCAACAAGGUUCUGGUAACGCUCGAUCAUCUGGAAAGAGUCAGCACCUUCCAGGAAUUUGUUCAGAUUUUCAGCCAGUUUGGCAACGAGAUGGUGGAGUUUGCUCACCUGACGGGAGACAGACAGAAUGACUUGAAGGAUGAGAAGAAGAAAGCCCGGAUGGCAGCAGCUAGAGCAGUGCUGGAGAAGUGCACCAUGAUGCUCCUCACAGCCUCCAAGACUUGCCUGAGGCACCCAGACUGUGAGUCGGCGCGGAUCAACAAAGACGCCGUGUUCCACCGAAUGCGCUGUGCCCUGGAGCAGGUCAUCGAGAUUGUCACUGAAGCACGGAGCUGUGGGGAGAACAGGAUCCUUCCUGCCAGCAUCUACAAUGGCAUCAAGGAAUUUAAGUCCGGCGUGGAGUGCCUGCGGGAGAACCUAUACUCCUUGUCACCGCAGAGCAUGUCCAGCCAGCUGGAGGCUCUGGUUGAGCGGACAGAGGACUUCACUGAUUCGGCCUACACCAGUCAUGAGCAGCGUCAGGCCAUCCUUGGACUGUGCCAGCUGGCGCGCCAGGACACCCAGCAGCUGGUACACGCCUGGGUUGAGGCGCAGUCUGUCCACGCCAAAGAGGCCACAAAGGACAUGGAGGUGGCCAUCCUGAAGACGUCCCAGAGUGUCAGCGACCUCAGACGUGAGCUCCACAAGGUUGCGGUGGGCCGAGCCUCAGAUUUGCUGAAAGUUCAUGGGGAGCAGCUGCCUCUGCGGGCUCUCAAAGCAGCAGGCGCCGAGGGAAACCUGGAGGAAGUGGCAGAGUAUUCGCGCACGCUCACUGAGCAGAAGGAGCAGCUGGUGGAGACGUGUCGGCUGUUGUGCCAUGUGUCGGGCACAGAGCCAUUAGAGAUCACCUGCAUACACGCUGAGGAGACCUUCCAUGUCAUUGGUCCACAGAUCAUCUCAGCAGCCCAGACGCUGGCUCUCCACCCAUCUAGUAAAAUUGCAAAGGAGAACCUGGAGGUGUUCUGCGAGGCCUGGGAGUCGCAGCUCUGUGACAUGGCUCUGCUGCUGAGAGAGAUCAACGACGUCUUUGAAGGCAGGCGAGGAGACAAAAGGCCUUAUUUGUCACUUCCUAGACCUGGGAAGCACUUGGCGAACAUGAAGACUGCCAAGGCUGUCAAGUUGGAUGCAGAGGAGCAGACAAGUAUGGCCAAGCUGGGUCUGGAACUUCGUCUUCUGUCGUCAGAUGUAGACACAGAGGUGGAAAAGUGGGAGGACCAGGAGCAUGAAAUUGUCCGGCAGAGCCAGAGCCUCGCCAGUAUGGCCUACAACAUGUACCUGUUCACCAGAGGGGAGGGACUGUUGAAAACAACGCUAGAUCUUUUUCAUCAAGCUGAGGUUCUUUCUGAAGAGGGGCUCCAGCUGUGCUCAUCUCUCCGCACUUUUUCCUCUCAGUUGGUUGAUGAGGAAAAGACUGUGGUGAUGACAGAAAUGGAGAAGCUGCUGGCUUUGUGCCAACAGCUGCAGAUGGGGGCUAAGACUCCUGUACAGGGCAAGGCUGCCACCUUCCAGAAGGUGGACUCAUUCAUUCAGGCAACCAGGAGCAUCCUGAGUGUGGUCCUCUCCCUCCUGCCAUGCUGUAACAAGCUCAAUAGAAAGUACAAGUCAGAGAGGAACAGCCUCAGUUCCCCGCAGGAUUGGAGAGAAAGGCAAGACACAUCCACACCUGUCAAAGAGGAAGGAGCUCUCAACACCAAGAACAGCAACGGAUUUGGCGUUAAAUCUUUGGAGCAGCACAUGGCUGGUCUCAACCUCCUUGAGAGCAAAUAAUCCCAGGCAAUCUCUUCCUUUGUCCACUCUUUCCGAUAAAGCAGCACAUAGCUGACCUCACCUCUCUGGAGAAAAUAUGAUCUUAGAAAUAGCCCCAGUCCCCACCCCCAUCCGUCAUUCAGUACUAGUCUGGUAAAGAUGGUUGACUUGGCUCAACUGGAAUUUGCAUUUCCUGCCUGGAUGAUGUUUGCACAAGUAAAAAAAAAAAAGGAAAAGCAAGUCUAUGCUCUCUUUCCCACUGAGGUUGAUUUAAUCCAAGGUAGCGUUUCACCUGAAGCACCAGUUCCACCCCAGUCCACAAGAUGGAGUUAUUACUACACACACACAAAAAAAAGUUUUCAAAAAAAGUGAGGCCUGUCACAAACCUGAUUUUUUUUUUUAAAUAUUUUUUCUUGCUUCUGAAUUAAUAAACUAAUUAAAAGUCAGGAGAGAACUCCACUUGAUGCUCAGCUCAGCCAUACAUCUAUCUUCACUAUGUGCCUCUGUGUGACAAGCCUCUGUGUUUUGUGGUGUUCUGUAAUUGUGUUGCACAAGUUAUGUAAAAAAAAAAAGUAAAAUUAAGAUCCACAAUGCAUGACGCCAUCAUUACCAAACCCCCGUGUUUGAGUCUCCUGUGGUCACAGCCUUGUAAUGUGACACUUUCUUUGUAAUGCGCGCCACAGCAGUACACCACGAUCACUUGCAUUAUAUUGAGCACCUCAUUUACAUUAGGUUUUACAAGCUGACCACACUACAUAACACGCAAUGGAUGUCUAAUAGCCAUUAUUGUACGACAUUCCCCAUGUGCCAUGCUAGUAGGAAAAUGCAAAAAAACUAAAAAAAACAAAAACAAAUGCCAAAUACGAUUGUUCUUGCGUCUUCUUACUGUUAUAAAAUAUAAAACAUAGUCCUCCAGUGUUAAUGGAGACACUUUUAUUUAAGCCGGGUUUCUCGACUUGAUCGAACCUCUGUUUAUAUUGUCCUGAGAAUUAUACGAACCAGUCUACAUGGCAUACUUUCUCUCAAAGAAAUGAAACAAGUUUGAACUGGCACACGUGUAAAGUGGAACCUUGAAGUGUACUUGUUAUGAAGACUAUCAUUGUGAAGCUGCCUAACAGACCAUUAUGUAUUAAAUGGUAUAUAUUACUUGGUACUUGAAGCAUAUGUAUCCCGAGGUAAUCACUUUGGUACUAGGAGAGGGAGUUAGAAUGAAUGAAAUUUAUAACCACACAGGAAGCUUUAGAGAAUCACUGUACAGUGUGAGAGCAGCUAAGACUGCUGGGUAACGUAGUGCCGCCAGAGAUGUGACGAAAUCGUAUCUAGUUUUGGACCACCGUUUCUUUUGACGAUUCAAAGGUUAAUAAAAGUGACACAAAAAAAUAAACAAUAUUUUUCUUAAA